AUGUUCGUCUCUGACUCGUGUCCUUCUCCUCUCGUCUUGCAGGUGGUGGCUGACGACAGUUACUUAAACGAGGUGCAGGGCUCAGCGCCUCUCUCCUGCUCUGAGGGAUUCACAGAACUGGGUUACUACAAUGGCACCGUGUCCCAGACGGACUCUGGCGCCCCCUGUCUGAAGUGGACCGAGUUUCCAGACUACGUCCUGCAGUACCCAGGCAGAGGGCUGGGCGACCACAGCUACUGCAGGAACCCGGACCGGGAGUCCAACCCCUGGUGCUUCUUCAGGCAGAACUCGGGGGCCAUUGGAUGGGCCUACUGUGACUGCCACCAAGGUGCUGCUCGGCUGGUUGAUGGGUCGUCCUCUGGCAGCGGGCGUGUGGAGGUCUACCUGAAUGGCCAGUGGGGGGCGGUAUGUGACUCUCACUGGACAGACAGAGAUGCCAGUGUGAUCUGCCGGCAGCUGGGCCUGGGUGAGAUCGGCACAGCAUUGCAGCAUUCGCAGUUUGGAUCGGGCCCCGGCCUCUUCCACUAUGAGCGUUUGGGUUGCCGUGGCGACGAGAACACCCUGAGCAAAUGCCGGAGCAGGACGUUCGUCACCGGCGACUGUAACCAUGGAAACGAGGCGGGAGUGGUGUGUGCACCUCCGGAAGGCAGCGGCCCUCCUCUGCGAUUGGUUGGAGGUGAGGAAGACUUCGAGGGCCGGGUGGAGGUUUUCCACGCAGGCAGGUGGGGCUCCGUCUGCGAUGACCAAUGGGACGACAGAGACGCUGAGGUGGUCUGCAGACAGCUGGGCUUCGGGGGUGUGGCGAAGGCCUGGUCGUGGGCCCACUUCGGUCAGGGCUCAGGGCCGAUCCUGCUGGACGCUGUGAAGUGCACAGGAAACGAGCUGUUCCUGGAUCAGUGUCCUCACGGUGACUGGGAGCAGCACAACUGUGACCACAUGGAGGACGCUGGGGUCUCCUGCAGCCCUUACACAGAUGGUGUGGUGCGUCUGGUUGGAGGAGACCGUCCCUGGGAGGGCCGUGUCGAGGUGUUUCAUAACGGUGACUGGGGGACGGUGUGUGAUGACCACUGGACGCAGCAACACGCACAGGUGGUCUGCAGACAGCUCGGGUACAGGGGUCACGCCGAGGUCGUGGCAGAUGGGACAUUUGGUGAGGGCGUCGGUUUAAUCCUAUUGGAUGAUGUCCACUGCGACGGAUCGGAGACCUCCCUGCUGGACUGCAGGCACGGGAUCUGGGGACGGACCGACUGCUCCCACGGCGAGGACGUCGGGGUGCGCUGCAGGGGAAGACCCAGCCAGGAGACCAAUGAGGUGCCGGUUAUUGCUCCGGCCACAGGUCCCCUGGUGCGUCUUGCGGGUGGCAGCAGUCGGAAGGAGGGCCGAGUCGAGGUGUAUCUCAACGGUGAAUGGGGCAGCAUUUGCGACUCCGGCUGGAACGACCUCAACGCGGCCGUGGUGUGCAGGCAGCUCGGACACAGGCUAGUCGGUGGAGCGGUAGCCGCUGGAGGGUUCAGCCAGGGGAAAGGACCCAUCCACCUGGACCAGGUGAGGUGCACGGGGAAGGAGGAGUUCCUGGGAGAGUGUCCCUCUCUGGGUCAGAGCAUCCAGGGCUGCAGGCGCAGGGAGGAUGCAGGGGUGAGGUGUGAUGUGGCCCCGCAGGCUUCAGAGGAGCACACCAAGCCUCCAGAGCUCACCUGCGGCCUGAGGAAGAUCGCCGAGGAAGGGAGCAACGGGAAAAACCAAGGAGAGGAAAACACGCUCAGGACCACGUGGCCAUGGGAGGUGUCCGUGUGGCUUCAGUCUCAAGGUGAAGAUGGCAGUCCUCUCUGCAGCGGCACUCUGAUCAGCCCCUGCUGGGCCCUCACAUCUGCCAGCUGCUUCACCAGGUUUGGCAGUGAUCCGUCCAGGUACGUGGUGCGUAUCGGGGCCUCGGAGCGAUCUGCCGCCCCAGAGCAGGUGGUGCUUCACAGGAAGUUCAAGGGCCAGAGUGGAGGUCACGACCUGGCUCUGCUGAGGCUGCCCAGCUCCAAGGGCCACUGUGUAACCUUUGACCCCAACACGAACGCAGCAUGCCUCCCUACCUCAGACCUGCCAUCGGGGGGGAAGACGCCAUCUUCUUGUGUUGUCACCGUUACAUCAGGCUGGACAGGGCCAGAUUCAGUACUUGCAUCCUGGGUCCCUCUGAUGUCGUCAUGGCAAUGCAAGAAGCGCUAUGGCGACAGCUACUCCAGCCAUGGCACGCUCUGCGCUGGUAGCCCUCCUGACACCAGCCGUCUCCACGGUGACGGUUGUCAGGGCAACUCUGGAGGCGGGCUGGUGUGCCAGGGGGAGGCGGGCCACUGGAUGCUCACCGGGGUUGUUGCCGGGGGUUACGGGUGCGCCGACCCCUCCUCUCCGGCGCUGUACACCCGAGUCAGCCGGUUCAGGAGCUGGAUCGAGGAGGUCACGAACACACCCGCCGAAAAGCAGAACACACACGCACACAAGGGGCACACACACACGGAAGACCCGAGCACACACUUUGAAGACGAUCACGCCAACACACAGGUGACACACGGUCACACACAGGAGGACCGCUCACACACCCACGACGAGCUGGCAUACACUAACGACCUGACACAUACCGACGAUGACGUAACACACACCCACGAGGAACACACACACGUCGAGGGCAAGGAUAAAUACUUUCACAUGCACGGCAAGCUCAAACACACACACGACCAGCACAGCGACACGGAAACAAACGAAAUCGGGGAGUUUAGACAGAAACACACGCACACUCGCGGCCCUCACACACACACCAAGAACACACAUCCUCACAACGCCGACACAAACACACACAUCCCGGUCUGACUGAGGCCGUGCCAUUGGCUUACCAUCUGUGCCAUGUGACUGCCUGAGGAGGAAGGAGGGGGGAAAAA